AUGUGCUUACAGUGCGAUGAGCGUCAGCCAAAAUGCACCAAUUGCUUGAAUCGCAACACUGAAUGUGUCUACGCAUCAAGGGAAGUUGACUGGGUACCGCCUUCACAAUCCGAGCGUUCGUCAUCUCGCCAUAAAUCACCCGCUGCGUCUAGUACUCCGUCCUCCUCAGGCUGGAUGGGCGGCAGUGACCCUCUUCCCCAGGCCUCCGAUCCAAAUAUUAGCGACAUGGAACUGCUUCUCCAGUGGUGCUCUUCGACAUACGCCACCAUGGCACAUGACCAGCGUUUUGAACAUCUAUACCAAUACGUGUUGCCGAAGGAGGGCUUAGAGUACCCGUUUGUCCUGCAUGGCUUACUAGCAUUGUCCGCUCUCCAUAUCGCCCGAGCCAGCGACCCCGCGUCCAACACCCGGUACUUCUCAAUCGCAUUGGAGCAUCAAAACCGGGCACUUGCCUUGUUUCGACCAGUCAUAUCUUCCAUCAACCGUGACAACAGCCACACCAUUUUCGCAUUUGCCAGUCUACUUCUCCAACUGGCCUUCGCCAUGUCACCCUGUUCUCCGCUCAUCGAGACUCACGACUCUGUUGAAGAUCUCAUCCAGGUAUUUAAGCUUUGCAGAGGGCUUCGGGAGAUUGUCGCUGCAUCAUGGCACUGGGUCAAGGAAGGGAAGUUGGCGGAUGUGUUCACACAAGUGGAUGACAGCAAACAAUGGCCUCUUCCCGAAACCACUGAGGCCGCCAUGUCCCAACUGAAGUACUUCAAUGAGUCACGGGGGCGGCAAUUUGUGGAUCAUGACGCUGACUGCUACAAUGCGGCUAUCGAUCAUCUAAAAGAUAUGAUGGAGAUCUACCAAGGCAAGCCGCACCGUGUUGAACUGGCUAUGCGGUGGCCUUUCGGCCUUGAAUCCAAAUAUUUAAAUCUUCUCAGAGAACGUGACCCAAUGGCACUCGCGAUACUAGCUCAUUACUGUCUUGUACUACAUCAUUUCAGGCACCAUUGGUGGCUGGAAGGUUGGAGCAUCCGCGUCGCGCAAAGUAUUUGGGAUCAGCUGCAUGAGUCCUGGAAACCAUAUGUGUCCUGGGUCAUAAAGGAGGUGGGGCUAGAUGUGUGA